AUGGCACACCCCAACUUUGAAGGGGGUCAAGGAAGACGCUGCAGGGAUAACCGGCAAAAGUUUGUCAGCUGCGACACGGGCCUCGGGCACGAACUGGCGCGCCGUCUGGACGCUCUGGGGGUGCCAGUGUUCGCGGGCUGCCUGUUCCCUGAGGGUCCCGGUGCGCGCAGACUCGCCGCAGACUGCUCCUCCAGGUUGCGCGUGCUGCCGCUAGAUGUCACCUCAGUCCAGCAGGUGGCCGACGCCGUCGCCUCCGUCCAAGCAGCACUUUCGGCCGCGUCAGGCACAGAGCUAUGGGCGGUGGUAAACAAUGCAGGGAUCAGCGACAUGGGCGAAGUGGAUGUCACGCCGCUAGAGAAAUUCCAGCAGGUGCUGGACGUAAACACGAUGGGCGCCAUAAGGGUCUCCAAGGCGUUCCUGCCGCUCCUCAAGAAGUCCAAGGGCCGCCUCAUCAACGUUACCAGCCCUUUCGGCAGAUGGCCAGCUCCGAUGGGUAGUGCAUACUGCCUGUCGAAAAGUGCGUUGAUAAUGUUUAGCAACGUCUUGAGAAUGGAAAUGAAGCAAUGGUCCGUCGCUGUCUGUACUGUGGAUCCUUCUGGUUGUGAGACACAUAUAACAGACACAGAGUGCUUGAAACUGAAGUACUUUGGAAAUAUUGAAAAGACUUUUCCGGAUGAUAAAGAAAGUGUUCGACAGGCAAGAAAAAAGAAUUGUGAGGUAUCGCUAAAUGUUAUGAAGUGGUUAACUAGAGGGGACUUUUCAAAGGUGAUCGACGAGAUGGUAAGAGCCUGCGUCGGGAAGAAUGCACAGAGAAGACACACGGCUGGUUUCAUGGACACUAUUGUAUUUGGUACAAUUACCAUGGAACCAGAGUUUACAUCCUGGCUGUUCUGGACGAUUGUCAACAUAAUAUACCGAUAAGAAAGUUGCCAACAUAGCGUCGGAGGGAGAACGUCCCGAGGUGGAUGAGGAGGGUGCGAUGAAGCAGAAAGCCUUUGUGUGUUAUUACUAUCCAGACACAUGUAUCAGUAUGUACUUUUCCCUUCCUGAGUGAAUUAUUUGUAUUGACUUUACAAUAAAGUUUUUUA